CCCUUCUGUCACCACAGGGCAAAGCUGUGUCUUGUUGUAUGCAGCGCUGCUGUGGAGGGACAUGACGAAGAGCAGAGAAAACAGGCAAAUCCAACACUUCCCUGGGUUUCACUGCUUCAGUGGUUUGCACUGAAUACGAAAAGCUGCGUUUGUGGUGAUAGAGAUGUGCGAUAUGCUGAUGUGGAACAAAUAACUGCCAACAAUUUCCUGUAAAUAGAACUCUCUUGGAAACAAUGAACUUCGGCAGGGCUUGCUUUUGCGUUUGGCUGCUCAUUGCUGUGAUAGCAGAGUGCGUUUAUCCCGCUGAAACACAGAGGGCAGCGACACCCCUGCGCCUCAAAAACAGGCGCUGUGGGGACUAAACAGUACAGUACCCCAACUCCAUGAGGUGCGGGUGUUGGGGUACGAGCUCCCUCAGCCCUCUUCACCGUUUUCACGGCGAGGAGCAGCCGGCCCUACCCACAGGGAGCUACCCUCCUCUUCCUCCCCGGCGGCGGGCGGGAAGGGGAAGGACGCCGAGCCCCACCGCCGCCCAGCCCCGGCGGCAACGCCCAGCGCUCGGGCUGGCCCACCGCGGCGCUGGAAGAAGAAGAAGAAGAGGAGGAGGAGGAGGAGGAGGAAGGCUGGGGCGAUGCUGGGGCGGGCGGUGCGGAGCGGCUGGCUGCCGGGCGAGCGGCGUCGCCGGCUGCUGGCGGGGGGCUUCCCGACCCUGCCCGCGCAUCAGGUGCAGCUCUGGAAGCAAACCAGGACCUGGGCGCGCCAGGAAGGAGCCUGCCACAGCACACUGGUGCCAUCUGAUGAAGUGACUAUUAAUUACAGGCAUGGUCUUCCCAUGAUAACUCUGACGUUGCCCACAAGAAGGGAACGCUGCCAGUUUGCUGUUAAACCAAUGGUAGCGACAGUGGGGGCAUUCCUGAAAGAUGUACAGAGAGAAGAUAAAGGAAUUGUGAAAGCAGAAGUCUUUGCAACAGAUGGUAGCAAGGUUUCUGAUGCAACCUUGAUGGAGGUCUUACUGAGGAAUGACUUUAAGCUUCUUAUCAACAGCACAGCAUACAGCGUGUCACCUCCUGUAAAAGAUAAGCUGAGUAGUGAGCAUGCUACUGAAAUGGAAGAUAUCAAAUCCUUGAUUCACAGACUGUUCGUGGCUCUGCAUUUAGAAGAUCACCAGAUCAGGAAGGAGAGAGAAUUACUACAGAAACUGGACCAUCUGAAAGAACAGCUGAUGCCUCUUGAACAGGUUGGAAGAAGAGGCCAAAUCAUGGACAGUGCAGAUGCAAAGACCUCCAGGCUUCUGUGGGUUGGCUUAGCUCUGAUGUCAACACAAGGUGGAGCAUUGGCAUGGCUCACGUGGUGGGUCUACUCGUGGGACAUCAUGGAGCCAGUCACGUACUUCAUCACUUAUGGGAGUGCCAUGGCUUUCUAUGCCUACUUUGUUCUUACUAAACAGGUGAGAUUACCUUACCCUGAUGUUAAGGACAGGCAGUUCCUCCACUACUUCUACCGGAUCAAAGCCAAGCAUUUCAAUGUGGAACAAUACAACAAACUAAAAGAAGACGUAGCAGAGGCAGAAGAAUCCCUGAGGCGUCUACGCCAACCUCUGCACCUGAGACUUCCGAUCCAGGAAAUUACUAACAAGGACUGACGUUGUUUUGGUAUACAUUAGAAUUGUCCUUUCAAACCUGAUGUGAACAUUUAGUUACCCUAUAGAAACUGGAUAUUUUUGACCACUAUAGUUUUGAAAAUUACAAUAAAUAUCUCUAAAAAUGA